CCACAGUGGCGGGACGGAGGAUCCCGACCAGUCAGCUCGCGGCGGCCUCGCGCUCCUCCUCCUCCCAAAUAAACAGCCCUCCCCAAGCUGGGAGCCCAGGCCGUCCCCUUCCCCGCACGGCUGGCGAGUGGUGAGGGAGCGCGGGACUGAAGGACCAAGGGACCGAGGGAUCGGCGCACGCGCGUGCGAGUGAGCGAGUGAGCGAGCGAGCGGCCGGCGCGAACCCGGAGCAGAAGCCGGAGCCGGGGCCGAAGCCGGAGCCAUAACCUGAGUCGGAGCGGUAGUGAAGCCGAAGCCGAAGCCGGGCUCCGGACCGACGCGCACGCACACACGCACGCGGGGGGCGGGGCCGGCGCGCGCCCGCCUGUCGCGACUGUCGGCACCGAGGCCCAGGGGGAGGUGGCCUGUCGCGGGUCGCCCGGCUCCCGGUGGCGAAGGGGGCGCGGGCGGAUGGCGGAAGGCGGCCAGGCGCAGCAGCAGCCGCCUCAGCUCGGGCCCGGCGCUGCCGCCCGGGGCAUGAAGCGGGAGUCGGAGGUGGAGUUGCCGGUGCCCGGAGCGGGGGCAGACGGACCCGAGCCCGGCCUGAGCAAGCGGCCACGCACAGAGGAGGCAGCCGACGGCGGGAUGCAGAACGAGCCACUGACCCCGGGUUAUCAUGGAUUCCCAGCAAGGGAUGGCCAGGGUAACCAGGAGCCAACAACAACUCCUGACGCAAUGGUUCAGCCUUUUACUACCAUCCCGUUCCCACCACCUCCACAAAAUGGAAUUCCCACAGAAUAUGGAGUGCCACACACUCAGGACUAUGCCGGCCAGACCAGUGAACAUAACCUGACCCUCUACGGGAGUACGCAGCCUCAUGGAGAACAGAGUAGCAAUUCACCCAGCAACCAGAAUGGAUCUCUCACGCAGACAGAAGGUGGAGCACAGACAGACGGACAACAGUCACAGACACAAAGUAGUGAAAAUUCAGAGAGUAAAUCUACGCCCAAGCGACUACAUGUCUCUAAUAUUCCCUUCCGCUUCCGAGACCCUGACCUCCGGCAGAUGUUUGGGCAGUUUGGCAAAAUCCUAGAUGUGGAAAUAAUCUUUAAUGAGCGCGGCUCCAAGGGAUUCGGGUUCGUAACUUUCGAGAAUAGUGCUGAUGCAGACAGGGCCAGGGAGAAAUUGCACGGCACCGUGGUAGAGGGCCGUAAAAUCGAGGUGAAUAAUGCUACAGCACGGGUCAUGACCAACAAGAAGAUGGUCACGCCAUAUGCAAAUGGCUGGAAGUUAAGCCCAGUAGUUGGAGCUGUGUAUGGUCCUGAGUUAUAUGCAGCAUCCAGCUUUCAAGCUGAUGUGUCCCUAGGCAAUGAGGCGGCUGUGCCCUUGUCAGGAAGAGGAGGCAUCAACACUUACAUCCCUCUAAUCAGUCUCCCUUUAGUUCCUGGCUUCCCUUACCCAACUGCAGCCACCACGGCAGCUGCUUUCCGAGGAGCCCAUCUGAGGGGCAGAGGGCGGACAGUGUAUGGUGCAGUCCGAGCGGUACCUCCAACAGCCAUCCCCGCCUAUCCAGGACCAAUGGACAUACCAUUAGGAGUCCUCCAUGCUACAGAAUUAAAGCAUUUUUAUUAGACAAGGCAAGUAUGCAUGCUGAAGUGGGCAGACUCCAAGACACUGCAAGGGAACUGCUUCAGAAAAUAACUUUCAUUUGCAAUUUAUAGAUAAUUAAAUCCCAUGCAUUCCAUCAUCUCCAUCUUCUGCCAUGACUUGCUUUUAAUUUUAUCCUUUUUUUGUCUCAACUUGACCUUUGACCUUCAACCUCUGACAUCUCUUUAAAAAAAAUAAAGAUACAGCUGUGUUUCAUUAAGAAAUAGUUGAUUGAAACAUGAAAGUGAAUCUUUUACAAGCUUAGCACACUAGGAAAACUUCUCACAAGGUAUCUCCCAUUUCCACUCAAAAGCAUUGACUGUCACGAUGCAGGGAGGGAGAGUCCACAGAGACACAUGGAACUUCCUGUUUUGUAACUUCCUGAACUAUUUCAUAACCCAUUCUCUCCUAAGUCUGUGUCAGAUAUAUGUAUAUAUGUAUAUAUAUAUAUAUAUAUAUAUUUGCUUAAAUGUAUCUUAUCCUUUAUGUCUGAUCAUAUCAGUACACAAACGCUAAUUUCCUGUGUAUUCUUUUUUUAAUAACUAAACCAUCUGUUUACAUGGAAGAUGGCAAGGAAUAAGUCCAGUGUUUCCUGGGGAAUGGCCUAGAAUUGCUCUCCUAGAAUCGCUUGUGAGCCUCUAUGCUCUUACGGCAUUGGGUACAGGGAUUAUCAGAACUCUUGUAGAAUCCAGUGAAUAUUCACAAUAAAUGAUUUGCCUUACAAUAAAAUAUAUCCAUGUUUCUAAUGGCAACAGUCUUUGUAGAAGGAUGUGUUGUAGUCUUUGCCUGUGCCCCGCACUGAUAUUGAAGAGUAACUCCCCUCAGCUUCUGCACACCCCAUUCUUCAGUCUUCAACUAUGCAAGUCUUUUAGGAAAAUGAAGUGGAAAGGCAAACUCAUCCCAAUAUCAGACUCUAAGUACGUGGAGACUAACGCAGGUAAAGCCUGCCUACAGACACCAGAAGUUCAUCUGCUUCUCCGGCUGCACAAAACAGAGGUCUAGUGUUAGGUGCAUUGUAAGGUGUGACCUUGCAACUCUUAGAUAUAAGACUUAGCAGCCCUACUUGUUAGCUUAUUCAUUAUAAUGAAAAAAGAAAUUAUCCAUUUUAUUUAGCUAAUAAACCAAAGCAGAUUUUUAGAAAUAUGUAAAACAGCCAAGUCUUAACCUGACAAAUGUGAAAAAAGUUAGUCUUUUCUCUCUGCCACUGUUAAUGUCUUUUGCUCCCAAAAUAAUACUUGGGGGAAAAUAUGUACAUAUGCACACUUCAUGAGGCUGGAGAAAAGUCAACAUUUUAAGAAUAAUAGUAUACUACUACUCCAGUUUUUUGUUUAAGAAAACUAAUAGUGCCUGCUUAGCAAAGCCCAUUCCCAGACAGGAGAGUGAGCCAUGCCAUCGGCUUCCUGGGGGUCACCGUCAAGGACAGGCCUAGUCAUGACCAAAGCUUCAGUCACCAAUUGUAUGUUUCAGAAUACUUUGAAUACUCAGUUAGGCAAGAACCCUUAAAAUCUUCCAGUUGCUCCUUCCCACUCUGGAUUAUGUUGUUACUAUCUGGGAUCCCACUGCACCUUUCAAUCCUUGGACCAAUCACCUUAACCUUGAGCUCAUUACCUCUGCUUGUGAAAGCAAUGCAUUGUGGGUAUUUUUGGUUGUUUUGUUCUUUUGGUUUUUUUUUUAAUUACAUUUCUCUGUUUACUUUGGUCAGAAUUGAUUGACUUGUUUUUCCAAGGUGUUGCAUUGGUUCUUAAAAAUGCUGAAUAAUAAUACUUUGCAUGCUUGUGUGAUCAGCCAAAUCUUAUCGCAUGUCUAAUGUGCAGGGUAAAAAGCAGGUGAUGUAUGGAUAACAGGAAAAAAAUCUAUAAUUUGAAAAAUGAAAAUAACUACUAAGCAUCAUUUGAAACACACUUAGCAAAGAGCUCCUGUCCUGAUGGGUUCACCUUGUUCACUCUCCUCCUGAGUUAAGCCCUCGCCAUCCCUACCCUUUGUACGCUGUUAAAGAAUAGCAAAUGUUUAAAAGGACUCCAGAUGCUAAAGGUGGUCUGUGUAACCCAGCAGAUCUCAGGCAGCUACCUGCGGCCCUGCCAGGAGCUCGGCUUCUGUCACUAGUCUGCGGUAUCCAGGGUCCAGGUGCUUCAUCUAGUUUUGUAGACCCUUAGCCCUCCUCACAUGUCCUGGAGCCAUGGAACAUAUACAUCUCUGUCACCAGCUUGCUGCGGCCCCAUAUCCAGGUCACAUUCAUACAUCACCUGCCCGUGUAGCGCAUGUGCAUGCUGCCGUCCUCAAUAACCGGAAUGUGUUUCUGUUCUUUUGUUUUUUGUUUUUGUUUUUGUGUG